AUGGCCAGCGGCAACUUGUACAUCUCCGUGAUCGACGACGUCGUCGCCAAGGUUCGUAAGGACUUCGACACCGACGGCGUUGGCGAUGCCGUCCUCAACGAGCUCCAGGCUCUCUGGGAGACGAAGUUGAUGCACUGUGGCGCAAUCUCAGGGAACAUCGACCGCAACAGGGCUCCCCCCGCCGGAGCGUCCGCUGGCGGCGCGACUCCACCGGUGCACGACCUCAACGUGCCCUACGAGGCCACGUCCGAGGAGUACACCACCCCAACCGCCGACAUGCUCUUCCCACCGACGCCGCAGCAGACCCCGAUCCAGACGCCACUUCCAGCUGGGAUUGAUACGGGGCGGUGGGACUAUGCCCCAUCGCCGAUCGGUGACAUGAGAAACGGGAUGGGGAUGAUGAAUGGGGCUGAUCCGGAAACUGGCCGCCCGAGCCCUUUCAUGCAACCCCCAUCGCCCUGGAUGAAUCAGAGACCACUGGGGCUUGAUGUGAACCUUGCUUUUGCUCAUGAUGAGGAGAUCCGGAUGAUGAUGCAACCCCAGCCACUGACGACUAAGGAUUUUCUCAUGAUGUCUUCUGGAAAACGGAAGAGGGAUGAAUAUCCUUCAGCUGCUUCAUUUGUGCCACAACAGGAUGGAUGUGCAGACCAGGUUGCGGGUGGUGUUGAUGAUGAUGAACCUCCUCUCAAUGAAGAUGACGACGACGACGAUGACGACAUUGAUGAUGACUUUGAUGACACGCAGCACCUUGUCCUUGCACAGUUUGACAAAAUAACAAGGACAAAGAAUCGCUGGAGGUGCACUUUGAAGGGUGGAAUCAUGCAUCUGAACGGCAGAGAUGUUCUAUUCAACAAGGCUUCAGGAGAGUUUGAGUUUUGAAUUUCAUUCAUGGCAAAGAUGAUGUUUUAGGUGCCUGUUGUAUGUACUGUCUUUAACACAAGGAUAAGGAAGGGAAGGUGACAAGAGUACUGGAGUUGUGGCGAGUUUGGCACUA